UUUGUCAUGGCGGCGGCAUCGGCUCCUCAGUUCGUGUUGGCGAACAACGACCUGGAUGAAGGCCUCGGCCAGGACGGCCGCACGGCGCUCGAGAUCUUCGUGACCAAGAACAACGGCGUCGGCUUGACCUACGAUGACUUGAUCCUCAUGCCAGGACACAUCAACUUUGGCGUGGACCAGGUGGAUUUGCGUACCCGAGUGUCGCGCAACAUCAGCUUAUACUUGCCCCUCGUGUCAUCUCCCAUGGAUACAGUGACGGAACACAACAUGGCGAUCAGCAUGGCGCUCCACGGCGCUAUCGGCGUCAUCCACUACAACAUGACCGUCGAGGAACAAUGCCACGAAGUGUACUUGGUCAAGAAGUUCAAGAACGGAUUCAUCACAAACCCCAAGUGCCUCGCUCCUAACAACACGUUGGCGGACGUCGACACGAUCAAGGCCGAACUUGGAUUUGCUGGCAUCCCCAUCACCGAAAAUGGCAAGGUUGGGUCUAAGUUGCUCGGUAUGGUGUCGAGCCGCGACAUCGAUUUCAUCGAAAACCGCCAGACCCCGCUGAAGGACGUCAUGGCAACCAACCUCAUCACGGCGCUCGAAGGCGUCAAGCUCGCGGAAGCCAACCAGAUACUCAAGGAGAAGAAGCUUGGCAAGCUGCCCAUUGUCAACAGCAAGGGCGAGCUGGUGUCUCUGAUUUCUCGUCGCGAUUUGGUCAAGAACCGUGAUUUUCCCCAUGCAUCCAAGAACGCCAACAAGCAGCUAUUGGUUGGUGCCGCCAUCGGCACGCGCCCCAACGACCGCGAUCGCGCCGAUGCGUUGGUCGCUGCUGGCGUCGACCUCCUUGUGAUCGACUCGUCGCAAGGUGAUUCGACCUUCCAGAUCGAAAUUUUGCAGUACCUCAAGAAGACCCACCCCCAUGUGGACGUGAUCGGUGGCAAUGUCGUGACCAUGCGCCAGGCGAAGAACCUCAUCCUUGCCGGGGCUGACGGCCUCAAGAUCGGUAUGGGCAGUGGUUCUAUCUGCACGACGCAAGAAAUUUGCGCCGUUGGCCGUGCUCAAGCGUCGGCUGUGUACAAUACUGCCCGCCUUGCCGCCAAGUACGGCAUUCCCGUGAUUGCUGACGGCGGUAUCUCGAGCUCCGGACACAUCAUCAAGGCGCUGUGCGUUGGUGCUUCGGCCGUUAUGUGCGGGUCGCUCUUUGCAGGCACGGAAGAAGCCCCUGGCCAAUACUUUUUCCAGGACGGCGUGCGCCUCAAAAAGUACCGUGGCAUGGGUUCUGUGGAAGCGCAGAGCCAAGGUUCGGCGAAGCGGUACUUUGGUAGCAACGCUGUUGUCAAGGUUGCCCAGGGUGUGAGUGGUGCCGUCGUCGACAAGGGCUCGUUGAACCGCUACAUUCCUUACCUGCAACAAGGUAUCAAGCACGGAUUCCAGGACCUUGGCGCCCUCAGCGUGAAGACCCUUCACGAGCAGCUCUAUUCUGGCGAACUCCGAUUCGAAAUGCGCACGCCGGCCGCUCAGCGCGAAGGCAGCGUCCAUGGCCUGCACACGUACGAGAAGCGCUUGUUUUAGGCGGAACCGUAAUGCAAUUCAUCCCGACCAACCUGUAAUAACACUAUUUACAUUCCA